GCCGCACCGGAGCCGAGAACAAAACGGCGCUGCGUGAGCCAUUUGAUAACAAGAAACAGCCUCGAGCGACGCUGGCACGCCAUACAACGCUGGCACGCCGCCGAGCCAGUAACGCAAGCCAUCUCUGGGGCACAAAUUAAAAAUCAGCCUAAGCCGAAGAACAAAACGCAGCGCUACGUGAGCCAUUAGAUAACAAGAGACACAGUCGAGACGACACUGGUUCGGCAGACGACGCUGGCACAAUGGCGUCCGAGCUGGCCCUGGAGGCGCAGAACGAAGAGGUCGACGUCAAGGCCAAACCGAUGACCGCGCAAGAGAUGGCCCAGCACGCCCACGAGUCGUUAAGGACCAUGGCGCAGCGGUUACAAACAACGGCCGCCGCGGCCGCGCGGUCGCCGGCCGGCCGGUUCCUCGGAGGCGCCGCGGCCGAGGCGGCGCGGCACUGCGGGGAUAGGGCAAGGACGGCCCUCGUUAAGCUUUCUAGAGGAGACGACGAAGAUAGGUGGCGCCACGCCGACGCUAUUACAAGAGGCGAGCGGUGGCUCACGCUGACCUGGUACGAAAAAGCAUUGGUCGAGGAGGACAAAAAAAAUGAUAAUGUAUUAAAUGGCGACGAGGCCGCCUAUGCUGCCGCUAGGCUGGCCGCCAAGGCGCCGCAGCCGUGGCAACUUUCAGAUUCCUGCGCAUUGUGUGACGAGAAGUUCCACGCGGCCCUACGACGUCACCACUGUAGACUUUGCGGUAGAUCUAUAUGCCGCCACCACGGCUCUAAAAAAAGACCAUUACCGGCGCUCGCCGCUCACUUAGGAGGAGAUCCUUUGCGGGUCUGCGACGCGUGUGACGCGGAGCUCGACGAACUCGAGAGGAGAGAACGUUCGGAGUGGCGCACGUACCGCGCGCAGCGAUUCUUGGGCGAUGAGCGAGUCGUGGCGUACUUCGAUCUCCCGAAAGGGCUCAGUGCAACGUCAAAAGCGCGACGGUGUUUGACCGCAGCCCAGACUCUAGCGAGGAGUUGCCCACUGGUGGCACCGGCGACGUUAUACGUGGCCGUCGAGGUCCUCGAGAUACUGUGCAGGUACGGCCCCGCCGGUUUAGCUACGUUGGUCCUGAGGCGCGAGUUUGUGGAAGCGGCAGAAUUGCUAAGGAAGGUCGCGGGCGUCGACGAGGGCUGGCCGCGGUCGGCCCACGAAUUGACGGCGGCCAUUUAUUAUCUACUGGCUCUCAACAGGGGUGAGCGGGGCAACGACCCCGAUUCUGUAUUAAGGGAGUUCCGCGACGAACCGUCAGUCGAUGAUGCCGAUUUGAAAAAGCUCGUAGCGGCGGCUAGAUGCGCUUUGUGGUGCUACGAAGCGUCGCCGACGUGCGUGCAACUCGUCGCGAAGCAGCAGGGCCUCACACUGUUGUUCGCGAGGGGCUUCCCGGAAGGCCCGGAUGCCAGAGAACCAGUUGUAGACGAGCCGGCCUUCUUUUGUGCUGCGUCAUCCGUUCAGAAGGAGGUCGUCCUAGCUGUCAGAGGCACGUCGACGGUCCAGGACGUCGCCACGGACGUUCGAGCGGCGCCGGCCCCGUUUCCGCCCUCGUCCGAUGAGGAGUGGGUCCUCGACGGCGACGCCUUCGCGUUUGCGGGCAUGGCUCGAGCUGCGGAGUAUGUGUAUCGGGAGUCGUACGACGCUCUCAAAGCGCUGCACGAUGCUGGAUUCUCGAUAGUGCUCACGGGCCACUCGCUUGGUGCCGGCGUCGCUUCGUUAACGGCAGUACUCUUGAAAAGGAGUCUGGAGAGAAUACAUUGCGUCGCGUUCGCGGCGCCGGCUUGUGUGGAUGGGCGUUUGGCGGCGGCGAUGAGGCCCUUUGUCACUUCCGUAGUCUUGGGUGACGACGUCGUGCCUCGUUUGACAGCUAGAGCGCUGCGGCGUUUAGUUCAAAAGUUGUUACACGAGCGCCAGUCGUGCAUGACGCACUGGCGCGCGGAUUUGGACGCGGCCUGGGGGCGGCUGCGCGACGGCCUCUGGGCGCCGCGCGUCCGCGACUCGCUCGUGCGCGCGGCCGGCGCGCCGCCGGCCCUGACGGCGCCGCCGGCGCCCGUCGUGGCGCCGGCACCGGCGCCGGAACCCGUCGUGGCGCCGCCGCCCGCGCCUGAGCCGCCCGUGGCCGACUCCGAUGACGACUCCGACGUCGAUAGCGACGACGACUCCGAGAGCGAUGAGAACGACGACGACGACGACGCGGCCGCGCGCGCCGAGGCCGAGGCCCGCGCCGCGCGGCGCGUCCGCCGCGCCGCGCUCUCCGCCGCGCGGCUGGCGGGCGUCGCCGUCACUGCUUCUGAGGCCGCCGCCUCCGAGGCGAGCACCGAUAGCGACGACGACGCCGCGUCGACGUCGUCGGCGUCGUUCUACGACUGCCUCAACGGCGCUGACGGCGACGCGGGCGACGCGACCGCGACCGCGUCCUCGUCUGGCAAUGAUGAAGACGACGACGACGCGUCGUCCGGCGCCAACGAGGGAGACGGCUGGGGCGGCGAGUCGAGCAUCCUCCUCUCGUCGGCGUCCGAGGCCGAGGAGCCGCCGCCGAAAGUCGUCGUCGUCGUCGCCGAGCCGCGCGAGCCCGCGCCGCCGCCGCCGCCUCCCCAGCAACAAAGCUCGCCCGAGGAGUCCUACGACCUCACUGAUAGUAUAGAUCUGCCCGAGUUGUUCGUGCCUGGGGCGGUGGUGCACCUGUACCGGUGGCGCGGCACGCACCGAGCGGCGCGCAUCGACCGGAAGCACGCCGUUUUAAGUGACGUCGUCGUGAGCGCGGCGAUGCUGUCGGACCACGGCAUGCGGCCGUACUUCGAGGCCCUGGGCGAGGUGCGCGCCGUCAACGCAUCAACGGAGGACCCGCCGCCGUGGCAGCCCUUCGGCGCGUCGGAGACGUGCGCCUGCUGCCACUCGCGUUUUACGUGGCACUGCACGUCGCGGAGCGAGACGACGGCGUACCGCGAGAAGCAUCAUUGUAGAGCGUGCGGCGCGCUCGUCUGCGACCCGUGCUCGCGGCACCGCCUGGCGCUGCCGCAGAUAGGCCUGCUGUCGCCGCGGCGCGUCUGCGACCGGUGCUUCUACGCGGGCGGCGUCUCGUCCUCCUCUCAGGCUGGGGGUAUGUGUUUUUAAGAAGUGUUCAUAUUACAUAGCACAUACUUACAUAGU